UUAUACGAAAUAUAUCAGAAUAUUUUUAGCUUAUAGCAUACAUCUAUUUGCACGGCCUGCAGCAAAUCCUAAAAAGCCGCCGCUUAAAAAUCCUAAUACAAAAAUCUCCCCCUUUUCUCCCACUUGCCUUUCCCCUCUUUAAUGGCCGCCGCAACCACCUCUCCCGCUGCCGGCCACCUCGCUUUUCCCCAAAACCCUAACCCUAAUACCGCUCGUCUAUCCUUCCCCGCCUCCCUCAAAGCCCUUUCAAAACCCUUCUCCCUCCGCCAUCACCACCGCCACCUCACAGUUUCUUCCUCCACAUCCCCCAAUCCAUACAUCUCCUCUACCGUACCCGAUCUCCUCUCCGACAAACCACGCGACGAAUGCGGAGUCGUCGGCAUCAUCGGCGAUCCGGAUGCCGCUUACCUUUGCUCAGUCGCUCUCCACGCUCUCCAACACCGCGGCCAGGAAGGCGCCGGUAUCGUCUCCGCCGACUCCCGUGCCACUCUCCGCUCCGUCACCGGUCUCGGUCUCGUCUCCCAAGUCUUCCAAGACAAGUCUAAGCUCGACUACCUCUCCGGCACCGCCGCUAUCGGCCAUGUUCGCUACUCCACCGCCGGCUCCGCCUCCUCCCUUGCCAACGUUCAACCCUUCCUCGCCGGAUAUCGUUUCGGCCAGCUCGCUAUCGCCCACAAUGGUAAUCUUGUCAACUAUUCUUCUCUCCGUGCCCAAUUGGAGGAUUCUGGCUCCAUCUUCAACACCUCCUCCGACACUGAGGUCGUCCUCCACCUCAUCGCUAACUCCAGCUCUCGCCCCCUUAUCUCCCGCAUCGUCGAUGCCUGCGAGUCGAUUCAAGGUGCGUAUUCCCUCCUCUUCCUCACCGAGAACAAGCUAUUCGCCGUUCGCGAUCCCUUCGGAUUCCGCCCCCUUGUACUGGGUCGCCUCCGGCGACCCAGCCGCGGCAUCGUCUUCGCCUCCGAGACCUGCGCGCUUGAUCUAAUCGAAGCUGAUUACGAGCGUGAGGUAAACCCUGGGGAGAUCAUCUUGGUCGAUGGUCGUGACAUGUCUCUCUCUUCUCUCUGCCUCAUGCCUCCUAAACCUCGUAAAGCUUGCAUCUUUGAGCACAUAUACUUUGCUCUCCCGAAUUCCAUUGUGUUUGGGCGUGCAGUCUACUCUUCUCGAUACUCAUUUGGUGCUACAUUAGCCAAGGAAUCUCCUGUCCCCAACGCUGAUGUCGUUAUCCCUGUUCCUGACUCCGGUUUCUAUGCGGCGCUCGGCUAUGCUUCCCACUCUGGGAUUCCAUUUCAGCAAGGUCUUAUCCGCUCUCAUUACGUUGGCCGAACCUUUAUUCAACCAGAACAGAACAUCAGGGACUUGGCUGUGAGAUUAAAACUGGCUCCUGUGAGGGGGAUUUUGGAGGGGAAAUCGGUGGUGGUUGUUGAUGACUCCAUUGUUAGAGGAACAACGAGUUCUAAGAUUGUCAGGCUGAUUAAGGAUGCAGGAGCCAGGGAAGUUCAUAUGAGGAUUGCGAGCCCUCCUAUUGUUGGUUCUUGUUACUAUGGGGUUGAUACUCCCAGAUCAGAGGAGCUGAUUUCUAAUAAGAUGGAUGUGGAAGGAGUGAGAAAUGCGAUUGGAUGUGAUUCACUUGCCUUUUUGUCACUUGAGAGCCUUAGAAGCUUGCUUGGGGAGGAGGCUCCGAGUUUCUGUGAUGCUUGCUUCUCCGGGAACUACCCCGUUCCACCAAUUGAGAAUGAAGCAGAGAGGUUGGUAGCAGUGGAGGAAGAGUAAGGUUUCUUCUGUUUUUCUUUGCCUUGUUUAGAUUUUGGUGAUGAUGAUCCUUUCACUCUUGAUGAAGGGAAGUUUUGUUUAUCUUCUUUUUUUUUUCUCUUAUUUGAGUCUAAGCUGCUGGAAUUAUGAGAGUUUUAGAAUUAUUA